UUGGAGAAUAAGCGUCCAAUUGCUGUUGCCAUUAACGUGGAACCCAUGACUGUGGCGCCCACUGAGAGUCAUAUUCGUACAGUUGCACAUGAAAUUGCACAUGGUCUUGGUUUUGAUGGCACGACGUUUGCUCUUCUCAAGAUGACUUCUGCCGUUGAAAACGUUGUGCGCGGCAAGCCCCACGUGUUUCUGUUAGCGACUCCUAAGGCAAAAGAAAUAGCACAAAAGUACUACAACUGCAGCAAUGCCCCUGGCCUGGAGUUGGAGGACCAGACUUCGAGUGUUCUAUCGCACUUUGAAAUGCGCAACGUUAACGAAGAGAUUAUGUCACCUGUAUCCUCUGUUGGAGGUGCCUACAGCGCACUGACACUAGCAGUUUUUGAUGACAUGCCAUUUUACAAGGCAAAUUUCAGCAGGGCAGAGCCAUUGAGGUGGGCCAACAACUCCGGCUGUGACUUUCUGGAGAAGAAGUGCAUAGAAAAUAAAACGUCGAAUUUCCCCGAUAUAUUCUGCACCACGACUCAUAUAAUCAAAGAUUAUUUUCAAUGCACCUAUGAUCGUAUGGCUCUUGGGGUCUGCGGAACAAGAUCGUAUCCCGAGGAGCUUGAGCCGCACUUCCGGUACCUGCGGAACGCCCACCUUGGCGGCAGUAAAGUCCAUAUGGACUACUGUCCCUAUGUGGAGAAAGUCUCUCGUGGUGGUUGUACCGAUGGCAGCCGGUGGACGAUCAUUGGAAGCUUUGUUGGCCCGAAU